AUGGCCGGUCCACCAAACCCAUUCGCUGGCUUGGCCCAAGCCCAAAACCAGAGAAAUGGAACCUCGAAUCGUGGAGGACGUGGAGGAAGAGGACGACCGUCGCCGUUCCAGCCUAAAAAUCCGAAUGCGCCUCCGUUUACAACGCCAACAGCACCAUCAGCCGGUGACAACAAGCCCCGUGGCCGAGGACGAGGACGAGCUACGUCGACGAGAGGAUUUACGCGAGGUCGAGGAGGUCCGACGGGCCAUGUCAACGCGUCGCGUAAUAAGCCCGAGUCGAAUGGUGCGUCUGAGUCGCCGUUUGCGCAGCCGAAGUCGGAUAAAUGGAUCGCACCGCCUGCGCCGGCGCUGUCGCCUUUUGGUGUCCAGACUUCGCAGACAAAAUCGCCGUUUUCUUCGAAUGGAUCUUUUGGGGGCCCGGGUUUUGGUGGAUUUGGAUCGCAACAGGCUGUUACAACAAAGAAGCCAGUGGUAAAUGGUGCGACUGGGGCUGUACCGGUUGAAGAUGCUUCGGUUUUGAGCGGUUACACUGAACGAUACGAACAGCUCAAACUUGAUAGAGCAAAGGAAAGGGAAUUGGCUAUCAAAAAGGGUCUCAUGGCGGAUCCCAACCAACCCACCUCUCUGAAUCAGGCGAUUACACCUGUUGGCACUUGCACGAGCAUGUGCCCCGAUUUCGAGCGCGUCGAGCGCAUUGUUCAGAAGAUGGUGGAUAAGAGCGAAAAGUUUCUUCACCCAGCGACAAAUUCGUUACAAUAUAUGGAGACGAAGAUGCUUAAGCGAUUCAGAAGAUCGGCUGCCGGUUAUGACGAACAGCUUCCGUCCGACAUUCGAACGCCCAACACACUCCUUCAAACCACCAACUACCUAAUCCGACAUGUCGUUGGAGGCCCUGAGCCUCUCGGUUUGAUUCACAAAUUCGUGUGGGAUCGUACUCGAUCCAUCCGGAAUGACCUUUCUGUGCAGCAACUUACCCAGGAAGACCAUGUCCGAACAGCAGUCACUUGUCUGGAACGGAUCGCACGGUUCCAUAUCCUUUCCCUUCACCUACUUUCCAGCCCUGCGAACGAGGAACCAUUCGACCGCCAUCAAGAACGGGAACAGCUCAACAACACCAUGCUCUCACUGAUGUAUUACUACGAUGACAACCGCGGUCGUAUCUCGUUUGCCAACGAAGACGAAUUCAGGGCGUACUACAUCAUUUUCUCUAUCAUGGACCAGAGACCCGAUCUCGAAGCCAGGGUACAGAAGUGGCCGGCCGAGUUACGGAACUCAAAUCGCGUGCAAGCAGCAUUGGAAUUGUUUGCUGCAGCUGGUAAUACCUGGGAUUACCAGGGAACGCUGGACUCUCGACGGCCCAAUGCGAUUGCCCAAGGCUUCUACGCGCGGUUUUUCAAAAUUGUCGACUCUCCCGCUGUGUCGUAUCUCAUGGCAUGUGUCGCGGAGAUUUACUUUAACCACGUGCGACAGACGGCCAUCCGGUCGAUCUGGAAAGGAUACUGUCGCUAUCCGGCCUCUCAGCAGCACAAAAACGAAGAGUGGACGAUUGAUGAGUUGACAACGGUGCUAUGUUUCGAUGACGACGAACAGACGAGAACAUACUGCGAAUCACAAGGCUUGCAUUUCGCUGAAAACGCUGACGGCAACCUAUAUCUCAACUGGGGCAGCGAUCCCAUUGAAUCUGUUGCUUUCCAGCCAUCUUCGGACCACUCGUUCUCAGAAACUUAUGUCGAAUCCAAGCGCGCAGGCAGAAGCCUGGUCGCGAUUAUCCUCGGACUGAGCAUCAAAGAAGCCGCUAGCAUGGGCAUGAUUGACAGCUCUGUGCUACCGCAACGAUCACUUGCUUUGCCAGCUCCCACUGGUCCAUCGACAACGGAGGAUGAUUCUCUUUUCGUUAGCGAUGAUGAGAACGAGAUUCCAGCGCCUAGCUUUACAGUACCCAGUGAUAAACCGCCGGCAUUCGCUCCGUCUCCGUUCGGGGGCUUCCCGCCAAAGGCCAACGAGCCUCCAGCCGCGGCAGCGUCGCAAACGAGUAACCCCUUCCCUUCGUCGUUCAGCGGUGGAUUUGGCCAAGCUCCCGCGGCGCCGACGUCUACGACACCUGCGGUGUCUGCGCCGGCUUCCUCUAACCCUUUCGCCUCUAGCUUAUCCACAUUUAAACCUACACCAGCAGCGCCAGCUGCACCCAAUCCUUUCGCUCAUAAUCCGUCUCCGUUCACACCUACGACGAGUGCGACAACUACACCAGCAGCUCCUAAUCCUUUUGCUUCUACGCCAUUUGCACCACCGAAUGUUGAGACAGGGGUUACCCAAGCGCCUGGGCCCUUUUCUUUGUCUUCCCUGAGUCCGGAGAAGCAAACUAGCAUAUUCGACACGGCGCAGAAUCCUUUUGCCACUAAACCUGCAGCUCCUGCUACUACGACACCCGAGGUCAAGUUCCCUUCUUUCUCAGCUUCCGGUCCUUCACCGUUUAAUAUCUCGCAAACUUCGACUUCCUCUGAGUCGACUACUAGUGCUUUUCCUGGCACUUCUCAACUUGCCCCCGCUUCUUCACCAUUUAGUAUCUUCAAGGCUCCGACUUCGACUGAACAGACUCCGGGAGUCGCUGCUGGACAGCCUCCCAAGAGUGUUUUUGACACAGCUAAACCAUCUAGUUUCUCGGGAAGCACAAACUCUUUAUUUAACCUCCCUGGUCCGAGUGCUGCCCCCAAAGAGCCUAGUACUCAGGCUCAGACAAAUGUCUCGAAGCCCGCGCAGGAGACACCCUCAUUGCUCGCGCCGAAAGAAAAUGCGCCGUCUAUUUUCUCGCCAAUUAAGCCAGCCGCAACAAUCACCCCAGCGAGCUCAAUCUUUGCGCCGAAGGAGAGUGCGACUCCAAUGGAACGACCAAGUGUUACGGAGGAAUCGACAGCGGCUGAACCGGCAGAGACUGCGCUUAAGCCGAUUGACCUUGCGCCGCCUGCAGAACCUGAGCGUGCGCCGUCGGUUUCUGGGAGUGUCAAGGAGUCCGCGACCACGCUACCCCCAGCGCCGGUACAGCCAGAAGAGCCUACGACAAAACUUGCUGAGCCUGCUGCGGACGAGGAAGCGUCUAUUGUUUCAGAUGCAGCCGAGAAACGCGAUGCUUGGUUGAAGACCCUGCAAGAAGCCGCCUCCAGACGACGUGGAGAACCUUCCAGUCGGAAACGGGUUCUCGAGGAGCCGGAAGAGCCGCGACCGACCAGCAGUGGCCCUAAAGCAUCGAAGAUAUUCAAGUCUGAGGAGCCAACGCCUCGCAAAACAUCGAUGGCUUUAUCGUCAAUUAAGCCACUGCCUACGCUUCCUAUCCUGGAACAGGUCAAGUCGACGACCGCGCGAAAACCCGUGGAACCGGAACCAGAGCUCAAAUACAACAAAAUCGACGAGGACGAACUUCUCCUAUCAGCAGCCCGCAUCGCUGCGGAGUCGUUACGAAGCGGGCCUCGACUGUCAGACAGCUGGCCCGGUUAUUACAAUCACAACCACACCGAACGGCCUCGUUCUUCGUUUAGUCCCGCAAGCAGUUUCUCCUCGUCCAUGCCCCCGCUCUCGGGGAGUCAAUCGCCUUCGUAUUCAUCCCACCACCAUGUCAAUGGACAUGACCUCGCGCUUGCACCUGAUGCAGACUUGGGAUUGGGUCGGAGUUUAUCUCGGACGGAACAAAGACUGCGACUUACUGGUGGUAAAGGACUGGCAUAUAAGCCGUUGGACUUUACGCCGGAGAAAAAGCGGAAGUCUCUGGAGAGGUAG